CGCAAGUGUUCCUGUUUUCUGCAGGAGGAUGCUCCAGGAGUCUCGACGCGCCGGUUGAUUCUGAGCUCCACCCGAGCCCAGACGACGCUUUUUUUUCGCAGUCGCAUUUUACGAUACCUCACCUGUCUUUCCUUCCUUUUUGUUUUUUUUUUUUAUCAAAUAUAGGAUCGUCCCACUCCGGACGCCUCUGCCAACAUGGCGGACCAAAAUAUCUCCCAGUACAAAUACUCGGCGAUGUCCAACCUGGUUCUCCAGGCGGACCGUCGAUUCGUCUCCCGCGUCAACGAUGAACCCACCGGCGACCCAGAAUCCCUUGCCGGACGCAUCGGCAUCCGAGAGAUGGGCUCGCGAAUCUCGCGUGACGACGCGCCGAAGUCGAAGAAGAAGACGGCCGGGCCGACGGAUUUAGAGCGCGGCGCUAUUCGGGAAGGCGAGGACGUGCUCGCUCGCGAACAGAGAAAGCGACAACGUGGCCAGCCCGCUCAAUUACGCGGUCAGGGCAUUCUCUCUGCGGCGGAUGCGCUGGUUGAGGGGUUGAAGUACCGCCCCCGUACCCCCGCUACCCGUGUCACCUACGAUCUUAUCCUCACUAUGACGGCGAACCAUCUGGGCGAUGUGCCCCAUGAGGUGGUGCGCAGUGCGGCUGAUGCCGUGCUCGAGCUGUUGAAGGAUGAGGAUAUGAAGGAUUUUGAUAAGAAGAAGGAGGUCGAUGACUUGCUGGGUAGCGCGAUGAAUCCGAAAGAGUUCAACGAGCUGGUAAACCUAGGCAAGAAGAUUACGGACUACGACGCCCAGGACGAAGACGAGGAUAUGGACGGCGGCUUGGACGGUGAUGCCGAUGGCGAACUGGACGAGCGACAGGGUGUUGCCGUUGUCUUCGACGAGGAGGACGAGGACGACGAGCGCAUGGGCACCGUCGACGAGAUCCGUGAUGACGACGAAUUGUCCGACGAGGACGAGGCCGACCAGCAGGAUGUCGACGAUGCAUCGGGCGAAAAGGCAGACCUGGAGGGGCUGGAAGAGUCCGAGGAAAUGGUCAUAGACGGCGGCCUGAAUCGCCGGGACGAUAAAGGCGAUAAACGCCUAGCGGUCGCGGCCCGGGAGAUCGAUGCCUACUGGCUCCAGCGUCAAAUCGGUGCGGCGUAUUCUGAUGCGCAUAUCCAACAAGAAAAGGCCCUCGAGGCCCUCGAGAUCAUGGGUGGCAAGGACGAGCAGGGCGAAGAGAAGCCCCUGCGCGACGUUGAAAACGACCUGAUGGAACUCUUCGACUAUGACCACCCGGAACUGGUCGCCAAGCUCGUCACCAACCGCGACAAAAUCGUCUGGGUGACUCGCUGGCGGAGAGUGGCCGAGGACGCCGACGCUCGCCAUCUGGUUGAAAGCGAGAUGGUCGAGGCGGGGAACCGUGCCAUUUUGGAUGAGAUCCGUGGCAAACACACCCGCGACGACGGCGCUGGCCGGCCGGAGAAGAAGAUUAAGGUUGAUCUGAUGGACGUCGACGUGCCCAAGGCCCCGGAACCCGAGGAGAAACCCACGGAAGGCGGCCUCGUGCGUGGAUUGCAGCCCAAGCGACAGAUCAACUUGGAGAAUCUCGUCUUCCACCAGGGUAACCAUCUGAUGACGAACCCCAACGUUAAGCUGCCCCAGGGCUCCACCAAGCGAACUUUCAAGGGCUACGAAGAGAUCCACGUGCCGCCCCCCAAGGCCAAGCGGGAACCCGGCGAGAAGAACAUGUCCACGACCGAGCUGCCGGAUUGGGCUCGUGUUGGCUUUGGAAGUUCUAAGGAGCUCAAUCGGAUCCAGACCAAGUGCUACCCGUCUGCCUUCAAGGAUGACGGCAACAUGCUCGUCUGUGCCCCCACGGGCUCCGGUAAGACCAACGUCGCCAUGCUCACGAUCCUCCGUGAGAUCGGAAAGAACCGAAACCCGGAGACCGGCCAGGUGAUGCUGGAUGAUUUCAAGAUUGUCUACAUCUCCCCGCUGAAGGCCCUGGUCCAGGAACAAGUCGGCAACCUUGGAAAGCGUCUCGAACCCUACGGCAUCAGAGUGGCGGAGCUGACGGGUGAUCGUCAGCUCACGAAGCAGCAGAUCGCCGAAACACAGAUCAUCGUCACCACCCCCGAGAAGUUCGACGUUAUCACCCGUAAGGGAUCCGAAACAAGCUACAUCAACCUGGUGCGCCUUAUCAUCAUUGACGAGAUUCACUUGUUGCACGACGAGCGUGGUCCGGUCAUCGAGAGCAUCGUAAGCAGGACCAUCCGCAAGGGUGAGCAGACCGGUGAUCCAGUGCGAAUCGUCGGUCUCAGUGCCACACUCCCCAACUAUCGUGACGUAGGAAAUUUCCUCCGCAUCGACCCGGCCAAGGGCCUUUUCCACUUUGACGGCUCCUACCGACCCUGUCCGUUGAAGCAGGAGUUUAUCGGCGUGACAGACAAGAAGGCCAUCAAGCAGCUGAAGACGAUGAACGAUAUUUGCUACAACAAAGUGCUCGAGCAAGUCGGGCAACGCCGGAAUCAGAUGCUGAUUUUCGUCCACUCGCGAAAGGAAACCGCCAAGACUGCCAAGUACAUCAGGGACAAGGCCCUAGAGAUGGAGACCAUCGGUCAGAUCUUGCGCAGUGAUGCAGCCAGUCGGGCUAUUCUGUCCGAGGAAGCCGAGUCGGUGGAUGAUGCUUCGCUAAAGGAUCUGUUGCCGUACGGGUUCGGUAUCCAUCACGCCGGUCUGAGUCUUGCGGAUCGUGAUUCCGUGCAGGCUCUGUUCGCCGAUGGCAGUCUCCAAGUGCUUGUGUGUACCGCAACGCUUGCCUGGGGUGUCAACCUUCCUGCCCACACGGUCAUCAUCAAGGGUACCCAGAUUUAUUCUCCCGAGAAGGGCAGCUGGGUGGAAUUGAGUCCUCAGGAUGUGCUCCAGAUGCUGGGACGAGCCGGUCGUCCGCAGUUCGACACGUUCGGUGAGGGUAUCAUCAUUACAGCGCAAGCCGAAAUCCAAUACUAUCUCUCGCUCAUGAACCAGCAACUUCCUAUCGAAAGUCAGUUGAUGAGCAAGCUCGCCGACAACAUGAAUGCCGAGGUUGUGCUUGGAAACAUCCGGACUCGCGACGAAGGCGUUGACUGGUUGGGGUACACCUAUCUGUUUGUGCGCAUGCUUCGAUCUCCGGGCCUGUACAGCGUCGGUGCGGAUUAUGAAGAUGACGACGCGUUGGAGCAGAAGCGGGUGGACCUCGUCCACUCGGCGGCCAUUAUCCUCGAGAGAGCGGGCCUUGUCAAGUAUGAGAAGAAGACGGGCCGCUUACAGUCCACGGAGCUGGGCCGCGUUGCCUCGCAUUACUAUAUCGGCCACAACUCCAUGUUGACGUACUCGCAGCAUCUUCAGCCGUCGAUCACCACCAUCGAGCUGUUCCGCAUCUUCGCUCUCAGUGACGAGUUCAAGUACAUCCCUGUCCGGCAGGACGAGAAACUUGAGCUGGCCAAGCUCCUCGGUCGCGUUCCCGUCCCUGUCAAGGAGGGUAUCGACGAGCCCCAUGCGAAGAUCAAUGUCUUGUUGCAGGCAUAUAUCUCGCGUCUCAAGCUGGAAGGGCUGGCCCUGAUGGCCGAUAUGGUUUACGUCACCCAGUCGGCUGGUCGUAUUCUCCGGGCCAUCUUCGAGAUCUCUUUGAAGAAGGGCUGGUCGUCCGUCGCGAAGAUUGCUCUCGAUCUGUGCAAGAUGGCUGAGAGACGCAUGUGGCCUACGAUGACCCCGCUUCGCCAGUUCUCGUCUUGCCCCCGGGAUAUCCUACAGAAGGCCGAGAGAAUCGACGUGCCGUGGCAAAGCUAUUUCGAUCUCGACCCACCCCGGAUGGGUGAGCUACUCGGUAUGCCCAAGGCUGGGCGGAUUGUUUGCGAUCUGGUCGCCAAAUUCCCUCGAUUGGAAGUCCAGGCCCAGGUCCAACCUAUCACGCGAUCCAUGCUCCGGGUUGAGCUGACCAUCACUCCCAACUUCGUGUGGGACGAUGACUUGCACGGUACUGCGCAGGACUUCUGGAUCUUGGUAGAGGAUUGCGAUGGGGAGGAUAUCUUGUUCCACGAUCGGUUUAUCCUGCGCCGCGACUACGCCCAAGGCGAGGUCACCGAGCACCUAGUCGACUUCACCGUGCCUAUCACGGAACCGAUGCCGCCCAAUUACUUCAUCACCCUUGUUUCCGACCGCUGGAUGCAUUCCGAGACCAAGGUUGCUGUGUCUUUCCAGAAGCUGAUUCUGCCGGAACGCUUCCCCCCUCACACGCCCCUGCUGGACAUGCAGCGGGCUCCCGUCAAGGCCUUGAAGCGCGACGACUACCAGAAGCUGUAUCCAGACUGGCAGUACUUCAACAAGAUCCAGACCCAGACGUUCAAGUCCCUCUACGACUCGGACGAGAAUGUCUUUGUCGGCGCUCCUACUGGUAGCGGCAAGUCCAUCUGCGCAGAACUUGCCUUGCUCCGCAAUUGGGCUCAGGGAGACAGUGGCCGGGCGGUUUAUGUUGCUCCUUUCCAGGAGCUUGUUGAUCAGAAACUUGCCGAUUGGGGCAAGCGGCUGAGCAAGGUCGGUGGGGGCAAGAACAUCGUGAAGCUCACUGGCGAAACCACUGCCGAUCUGAAGCUCCUGGAGCGGGCCGAUUUGGUUCUCGCUACGCCUACGCAGUGGGACGUCCUGUCCCGACAAUGGCAACGGCGCAAGAACGUGCAAUCCGUGCAGCUGUUCAUCGCGGAUGAGCUCCACAUGCUCGGAGGUUACGGUGGCUACAUCUACGAAGUCGUGGUCUCCCGCAUGCACUCUAUCGCGCUGCAGCUGGAGAACGGCAUGCGUAUCGUCGGGUUGAGCGUGCCUCUCGCCAACGCCCGUGAUAUCGGCGAGUGGAUUGGGGCCAACAAGCACACAAUCUACAACUUCAGCCCCCAUGCUCGCCCCGUUCCCCUGGAACUCCAUAUCCAGUCCUUCAGCAUUCCCCAUUUCCCGUCACUGAUGCUCGCUAUGGCCCGGCCCGCCUAUAUGUCCAUCUUGCAGCUGUCUCCGGACAAGCCGUCUCUUAUCUUUGUGCCCAACCGCAAACAGACCCGAUCUUCGGCCAUGGAUCUGUUGGCUGCAUGUGCCGUGGAUGAUGACGAAGACCGUUUCCUCAACGCCGAGGUGAGCGAGAUGGCGCCCCUUCUCAGUCGUAUUAACGAGCGGACGUUGGCCGAGUCGCUCUCUCACGGAAUCGGUUACUACCACGAGGCGCUGAGCUCCACCGACAAGCGAAUUGUCUCCCAUCUGUUCUCGAUCGGGGCCAUCCAGGUGCUUCUGGCCUCGCGGGAGGUCUGCUGGGAGCUGGAUGUUACGGCACAUCUGGUCGUUGUCAUGGGGACCCAGUUCUUCGAGGGUAGAGAACAUCGGUACAUCGAUUACCCGAUCAGCGAGAUCCUGCAGAUGUUCGGCAAGGCUUCUCGCCCGGGCCAGGACCAGAUCGGCCGCGGCGUACUCAUGGUUCCCUCCGUCAAGCGUGAAUACUAUAAGAAGUUCCUCAACGAAGCGCUGCCGGUUGAAUCCCAUCUGCAGGCUUACAUGCACGAUGCGUUCGUGACGGAGGUGAGCACGCGGACCAUCGGGUCCACCCAGGAUGCCGUGGACUGGAUGACGUACACCUACUUCUAUCGGCGUCUGCUGGCGAACCCGAGUUUCUACGGGCUCAGCGACGUCAGCCACGAGGGACUGAGCACGUUCCUAUCGGAGAUGGUUGAGAACACGCUGAAGGAACUGAGCGAGGCCAAGAUCAUCGACCUCGACGAGGAGGACGACAGCGUGUCGCCGCUGAACGCCGCCAUGAUCGGCGCCUACUACAACAUCUCGUUCAUCACCAUGCAGACCUUCCUCCUGUCGCUGUCGGCACGGACCAAGCUCAAGGGUAUCCUGGAGAUCGUCACGUCUGCCACUGAGUUCGAGUCGAUCCAGAUGCGUCGUCAUGAGGAGCACAUUCUGCGCCGCGUGUACGACCGCGUGCCCGUCAAGAUGUCCGAGUCGGCGUACGAGUCGCCGCACUUCAAGGCCUUUGUGCUGCUGCAGGCGCACUUCUCGCGCAUGCAGCUACCGAUUGAUCUCGCCAAGGACCAGGAGGAGAUCGUCAGCAAGGUGCUGAAUCUGCUCAGCGCGUGUGUGGAUGUGCUGUCGUCGGAAGGCCACCUCAACGCUAUGAACGCCAUGGAGAUGUCGCAGAUGGUGGUCCAGGCUAUGUGGGACCGCGACAGUCCCCUGAAACAGAUCCCGCACUUCGGCCCGGAGGUCAUCCAGGUGGCCAACGAGUACGAAAUCAACGACAUCUUCGAGUUCAUGGAGGCCAUGGACCCGUCCGAGAACAAGAACUACGCUACGCUGGUGAAGCGACUUGGCCUCGACAACAAGCAGCUGGCGCAGGCUGCGGCGUUCACCAACGAGAAGUAUCCCAACAUCGACCUGGACUUCCAGGUCGAGGACCCGGAGAACGUCACCUCUGGCGAACCGGCCUACCUCAAGGUCAAGAUCGAGCGCGAGGUGGAAGAAGACGAGGAGCCCGACACGACUGUGCACGCGCCCUUCUACCCCAACAAGAAGAUGGAGAACUGGUGGCUGGUGGUCGGCGACGAGAAGACCAAGAGCCUGCUCGCCAUCAAGCGCGUGACUAUCGGCCGGACGCUCGAUCUGCGGCUGGAGUACAUCGUGCCAUCGCCUGGCGAGCACGAGCUGACUCUGUACCUGAUGAGCGACAGCUACGUGGGUGUCGACCAGGCGCCUACAUUCAAGGUCACUGCCGCGGAGGGGAUGGAAGAGGACGACGAGAGCGAGGAGGAAGACGAGGAAUAAAUAAUUACUGGAAAAGGGAAAGGGAAAGGGAAUUGUGGGGAAUGGAACCCCCCAUUGGAUUGGUACUAUUCACAUUUGGAAUUGAUGUACAUUAUACUAGUAUCUAUCUGCAAGCUUGCCACGUUGA